GUUGCUAUAGCAACAUAGUGUCACUGCCGUCUUCCUGAGUUUGAAGUUGGUCUCCUUUUUUAAAGACUGGCCUUUCCUUAAAAACCAACGAGUUUGCAGAUGGAAACUUCCUCACAGGCUUCAGCUAGCAGGGGAUUGUGGAACAGCCCCAGAGCCACACAGUUAAACAAGGAGAACCAGGACAUGCUGAGAUUGUUGAAGCAGGAAUCAAGGGUCACCAACCUCAAGAGAAAACAGACCAACAAUCAGCCAAAGAGAGCAGACACCCAGGGUCUGGAUUGGAGGGACAGUGAUCUAGGCAGAGAUGCCCAGAUCUCCCUCCUCCCAGCCACUACCUCUUAUUCCAAGGCAUUCCCUGAUGAAACAGCUUUGCCUUUCACCUCUGAUCCGGCACAGUCUUCUCCUCCUGGUAAAUCUGUCCAGAAACACUGGCCAGUGCACACUCAGAAACGCACCGCCGAGGCAUGUCGGUCUGGGAACAGCUACGAGAGAGAAAAGUUUUGUCCUGGUCCGACACGAGACCUAGAGAAAGAGAAGAGGAAGCUUCAGAACAUCUUUGCACAUGGGACCGAGCAGCCCGGAGCGGGAUCUUCUCAGAAGCCUCCUCAACAUGAGAGCUCAGAAAUACCAAAGAUGGAUCGCUAUCAGGAAGUUCUGAAUGAAAUACAGGAAAGACGACAGUUUCUGGAAGACAUGGCCUCCCUGGGUCAGGAGAAAGAUUAUAUCGACAUCAUCAACACUGAGAUAUCUCAGAAAUUACGAGAAUUGGAGAUAAUGGAAAAAUCCCACGUUCCCACAUCUGAUACAAACACAGAGAGGACAGAAAAUGCAGCCAACAAAGAAGACUGACUGUUGUCUUUGACCGGGCGGUCUGCUUCUCUUCAAGCAAGAGACAUACCUUCAGUCAGAGCAGAGUCACACGCGCACGCCAGUAAAUACAACACACAUCUACCCAA